UUGAACGACAAAUUAUGUCAAAAGAAUGUAUUUAAUAUUACAUAACUUAAGACUGGAUCAUAAAUUAAUUUAUGAAUGUGUUUUCGAAUUAUUCAUUGUAAUGUAUUCAUUGCCGCUAAGAUCUAAUUUAGUUCAGCCAAAAUACAUAUCCUUGGGAAUAUUGAAGUGGACUUGCCCCAAUUUCUUGCGACAUAUCUCAGUGAAGCACGUCUUGACAAACAAUGAGUGUGGAUGUCCCGGUGCUACGGCAGCGGGUGGACAGCAAACUUCGGGUGAUGGCAAAAGCAAACACCAAGUUGUAUUUAGCCCAUACCAAGAGCCAGUAGUAAAGCCACAUGAUAUUAAGAACAUGGAACUGAAGCGACCGAUGUCACCGCAUUUGACUAUUUAUGCGCCAACUAUGCCGGCCAUGACUUCCAUUCUUGAAAGGAUUACUGGUCUCAUUCUCGUCUUCUACGCGGUUAUGUUAGGAGGCGGUUCACUUUUUCUCUCGAACGGCGUCGAAACCUAUGUAUCUAUGAUUCAAAGUCUUGAUUUGUCCCGACCAUCAAUAUUUAUCAUAAAAAUCUUACUUGGAUUCCCUUUUACAUUCCACUACUUUAAUGGAAUUAGAUUUGUGAUGUGGAAUGCUGGUAAGUGGCUGUCAAUGAAGGAGGUUUACGACUCGGCAAAAAAACUCAGUUAUUUUGCAACUGCUGCACUUACAGUCAUGUUUGCCUUACUGUAAAUAAAUCCGCUAUUGUUUUAAGCGGUCAUUGUGAAUUCAGACAUAAAUUAUAAGUACUAAAAUAA